AUGUUAACGACUACUAUUGAUUCUCCACAACAUAAAAGAGUUCUUCGAAGGAGGAAUAUUAGAAAGAAUGAGCAUGCAUCAAAUAAUAUUCGUCAAACGUAUAAAUUGGACGAAGACGUUAUAAGGAUAAAAAAAGCGAAGGAGAUACAUCUGGAAAUAAUCAAGUGUGCUAGGAAUGUAAAUGAUGCUUAUAGCUUACAUAUUUUAUUGUCUACAUUAGCAUCUUUAAUUUUAAUCAUCAUUAUAUCUUACAAUAUGUUCCGCUUCUUAAUGUCUAUGGACUAUCGUAAACAACUGUUAACAACUUUCAAUUUUUUAUAUUGGAUUUCUCAUUUUGCGAUCAAGAUCGUUAUAGUAACUUAUGAAUUAUUGAUGUUAUAUCUUAUUUCUUUACAUGCGACAAACACCGGAGAUAUUCUUUGUGAAUUGUACGAACCGUCAAUCAGUAACGAAUUUUGUGCAGAGAUUAGUGAUUUCACUCUACAGCUUAUUCAAAACCCACUGAUUUUUAGGAUUAAUGGCUUUUUUGAUAUAGACCAUACAUUGAUACGUAAUGUGAUCGGUAUCAUCACAACUUACAUCAUUAUUCUCAUUCAAGUUGGGGACUUACCACAAGCUUUAAUUAAAAAUUCAACGUUAUCAACUAAUAAUAAUUGAGAAAUAUAAGAUCAUUUUUCGAUAUGAAUAUGUCUAGAGCUAUAUUAAGUGUAGAAAUUUUUAAUACUGUUUAUAGCAUUAAAUAUAUAUAGUAAGCCGUUUAUACUUCUCAUCCAUUACAUGUACUUUUUUAUAGCACAAAUAUUUAAAAGGUGUGAAUAC